AUGGCUCCUAUCCGUCUACCCUCCCCAAUUGAAGAGUCUCUUCCCACCAUCAACCCCAAAAAGCUUUACGGAAACAACAACAAUGGUGUUGAUAAAGUCCGCGAUGCUGUACACAAGGAUACAUUCGAAGUCAAAGAGAAUGAGCUUCACGCUACAAAGAAGUCCAGGAACGUGACUUUCGAGAACUUCUAUGGCCACAAGCCAACUCGCGUCGAUAGACGAUUUGAUGUCACUCUGUCUGAUCACAGCUAUCUACCAAAGAUCGAAAAUCCGCGUGCCGACUGGGUCGUAACAGCUGCAACAAAUGCCUUCAGGGCAUAUCAGCACGGCGACUUAGGCCAGGUGAAACGUUUUGCAACAAUCGGCACGGGCUCUGGAACCGAUGUCAUUGCCGCACUCGACAUCUUCCCCCAAAUUGAAGCUGUAGCCCUGACGGAUCUACACGAAGAUGUUGUCGCAGCUGCCAAGUCGAACGUUCUCGCUUCUACAGAGAAGUCUGACGACGCAAUUCGCGCCGUUGCAUCAACUGCAGUGGCUCGCGCAGGCGACGUUCUCGUCCCCUUGAAGGGAGAGAAGCCUUUUGAUCUGAUUUAUGAAAACCUGCCCAACAUUCCACUCCCCAACGCAGGAGAUCUAGACAACGGCCAAGCAUCUUCAACAUAUGUUGGCGACCGCACUCUGGAUAGGAUUCCACCUUUCGCCAGCACAGCACUUUUGGACUUGCACUACGUCGCUCUCUGGCAAGCUAAGAACUUCAACCUUCUCAGUCAGACCGGCGCCGUGCUAUCCAGCAUGGGUGGCAGGGUUGACAUAGAGACUAUGCUGAAGCUUGCUGAUGCAGCGGGCUUCGUUGGCAGAGUCGUCAGUCUUGCGUGGAAAGAACAGAGUGAGCCUGAGAAUGUGAUUGGCGGCUAUGCAGAGUUUGAGAACAAUGGGCUGGGACCGUUCUACUUCUACCCUACAGCUGCGCUUGAGAAGGUGUUCGCCAACUAUAAGCCGGCGUCUGCGGCAUUGUGCAGACAGCAAAUUGAAAUCAAGCUGGCUCCUCACCGUUUGGAUGCUACGACUGCGUUGCAGAGGUACCGUGAGGGUGAGAGGAUUGGCCAUACAGUGGUUGUAUUGGCUAGCGUUCUCAAGGCUACAUAG